UUAAGGAUCAAGGAUGUAUUGUUUUGAACAACCUAAAAAAUACAAAAUCAGCGUAUUUAUCGUUAAUUUCCCACAAUAGAAAAAAAAAAUAUUUAGGUUUGUUUUAGCAAAAUUUUGAGAAAGAGACAACUGAAGCACCAACCGACACAAGUUUUGGAUCUCAAAUUGUGUCUGCGACCGCGUUGUUUCCAACACUUUGAGCAAGGUAAGUCCUACUUUCCGGUUUUGAUUUGAUUUGAUUUUAGAUGUCUUUGGUUUAGUUGUAUUGACAAAUGUAUCGAUUUCGUUUAUGCUAAUUUGUGUUAUGGUUGGAUUGUUUGGCAUCAAAUUUAUGGAUCUAUUGUACUGGAUUUGGAGAAUAAAGAUAGAAUCUUUGAGAUCUCUUGCCAAUUUAUGGCUAUACGCUUAAGAAAAAUCGAAACUUUGAAAAAGUUUGGUAGAGUGGAAUGGUUUUAGGAACUUGGGAGAUGUUUAUGUUUUGUCUUAAUCAAAGCUUGACACUGGUUAUGUGUGAUGAAGUUUAUGUUUUGUCUUAAUCAAAGCUUACCCUUGUAAUUUUGUUAGUUAAAGAGAGAGAGCUUUUAUUCUUUGGAGGAUCUAAAUAGGUCCAAGCUCGUCAUGCAGCUAGGAAAAAGAAGAGGAUUAAUAUACAGUUAUUAGAAACAUUAAAGUUUCUUCUGUGUUUUGUAGAACAAGGAGAUGAUGCGGUACAAAGAGGAGAAAGAGGUGAAGAAGGAAGCUUUCAGGAAGUAUUUGGAGUCAAGUGGAGUUCUUGAUUCUCUUACUAAAGUUCUGGUUUCUCUGUAUGAGCAGAAUGACAAGCCUUCCUCUGCUCUAGAAUUCAUUCAACAAAAGCUAGGUGGUCCAUCAGUCUCUGACUAUGAGAAGCUUCAAGCUGAGAAGUCUGAUCUUCAAAUAAAGUACAAUGAGCUUUUGGCUAAACAUCAGGAAACCCUGAGAGAGUUAAAUGGAGUGAAGAGCUUGCAUUCACGAAACUCUUCAAAAGAUGAUGCAGACAGAGAGACCCUUGAAGCUGAACACACGACCUUAGUCACUCCUCACCACUAACUCUGCACUUACUGUAUAUGUAAUUCCUGUUACUAUCUUCGUUUACAUAUUUACGGCAGUAAAAGAAAAAAAAAGAACAAAAACAAACCACGCAUAGAUGAGUUUUCUAGGCAACAAUGAUUAGUUUCUUUGUUUAAAUUUCCAUUUGCUCUCUUUCAUUCAUCUACAUCACCAGUGUUGUAGAGUUUUUACGUAAUAAUAAAUUCUUUGGUUAACGGUAUCGAAUUGGCCAAUCCAAACCGAAGUCACCCA